AUGUACAAAUUGCAUAAGAAAGUAACAAACUGCAGAUUGGCGCUACUGAAGUGGAAAAAUAACUUCCAAGGAAAUGCUAGGAAGCGGAUUGACAAUCUGAAAAAGUUACUGGAGGAGCUCAAAGUUUGUGACUGUGAUGACAAAAUGGCAAGGAACAGGGAUCUUAGAAGACAAUUAAAGGAGGCUUACGAUGAAGAGGAACUUUUCUGGAGUCAAAAAUCAAGAGUGCAGUGGCUUAAGGAGGGGGAUAAAAAUACUCAUUUUUUUCACUCUAAUGUCAAAGGAAGGAGACACAGAAACAAAAUUCAGAGGCUACAAAGGGAGGACACCACAUGGACUACAUCGAAAGAGGAAAUUGGAGAAGAAGUUGUGAAUCAAUUUAAGGAGCUAUUCGGAAGUAAGGGAGUGACUCAAACUGAUAUGACUUUGGAGGGAAUAUCACAGACAAUAUCAGACCACAUGAAUUCUGAACUAACCCAACCAGUCAAGGACAAAGAAAUUAAAGCUGCACUUUUCUCCAUGAACCCAACCAAAACCCCUGGUCUUGAUGGCAUGAAACCACUGUUCUUUCAGAAAUUUUGGCACAUUGUUAAAAAUGACAUCAUAAAAGCCAUUAAAAGCUUCUUUCAUUCGAGUCAUAUGUUGAAAGCUAUGAAUCACACAAACAUAUCCCUUAUUCCCAAGGUUGAGAACCCCACUGAGGUUAAGCAGUUCAGGCCUAUAACAAAUAGAUUGAAAAAAGUUUUGGGAAAAUGUAUUAGCACAAAUCAGGCUGCUUUUGUUCCUGGAAGGCAGAUUUUGGAUAACGUGAUCAAAUCUCAUGAGUACUUGCAUUACCUCAAAAACAAAAGAGAAGGAUCUCAUGGUUUUAUGACCUUAAAACUAGAUAUGUCGAAAGCUUACGAUAGGGUUGAGUGGGGUUAUCUUAAGGAAAUCAUGGUAAAACUGGGAUUUUGUGCUAGAUGGAUCACUUGGAUUAUGGAGUGCAUCACAACAGCUUUUUUUUCCUUCAACAUAAAUGGAGAGCCUAAAGGAUAUGUCAUACCUUCAAGAGGAAUUAGACAAGGCGACCCUUUGUCACCUUACCUAUUUCUCUUAGUCUCACAAGGCUUUUCACACUUGCUGGAUCGAGCACAAAGGAACAAAAAGCUAACUGGGAUGAGGAUCAGUAGGAGUGGCCCGUCAAUAACUCAUCUAUUCUUCGCAGAUGACUCGUUAAUCUUUUGCAAAGCAGACAAGAGGCAAGCUGAAGAAGUGAGGAGAAUUUUGAAGAUUUAUGAACAUGGCUCACGACAGGUGAUCAACAUGGAAAAAUUCUCAGUGUUCUUUAGUAGAAAUGUGGAACAAAAUGAUCAAAGAGAAAUCUACAGUUGCUUGGAACAUAUAAAAGUGGUGAAGCAAGGGAAGUAUUUAGGGCUGCCAAUGGUCAUCACUAAUACCAAUGACCAAAUUUUUGGGUUCAUUAGAGAAAAAUGCAACAAAACGAUCUUCAACUGGUCCAACAAACAGUUAAGUCAAGCAGGAAAGGAGGUGUUGUUGAAAGCAGUAACCAUGGCAAUGCCAACUUACGCAAUGUCAUGUUUUAAGUUUCCAGUAAAGUUAUGCAAAGACAUCAAUGCCAUGAUGGCAAGAUUCUGGUGGGGGGAGGAUAAUGGGAAGAGGAAAAUGCAUUGGUGUUCAUGGAAAAAGCUGUCCACUGCAAAGAAUAAUGGAGGACUAGGAUUUAAAGACCUCCAAGGCUUUAAUAAAGCCUUGCUAGAGUCUAAUGGGAUCAAGAGACGAGGUGUAGGUGGAGUUAGGAAAAGAAUUGGAAAUGGGAAGAGCACCAACAUUUGGGAAGAUGCUUGGCUACUGGAUGGGAAGGAAGGAAAGGUAGAAGCCCCAAAACCCCUGGGAUGCAAGAUCACAAAAGUUAGCGAGCUGAUCUCCAACUUCAGAUGGAAAGCACCACUCAUCUUCCGGACCUUUAGCCCACAUGAAGCUAGGAAUAUACUCAAAACGUCUAUAAGUGUGACAAGUAGACCUGAUCGCUACUUCUGGAGUCAUAGCACAAAUGGAAAAUACACGGUCAGAUCUGCUUAUGAAGCUUUCACAAAGAAGGAUAGGCAGCCUAAUGCACAAGUGAGCAGAUUGGGAGAAACAAGUUGGACAGGGGGGAGCAACAAAAUCUGGAAACAGCUAUGGAAAAUGAGAAUAACACACAAGUACAAGUUGUUUUUAUGGAAGAGUCUACAUCAAGUGUUACCCGUACGAGAAGCUAUAUUUAGGAGAACGGGAAAGGGAGAACUAAUCUAUAAGCAGUGUGGAGAAACCAAUGAGACAGUUGAGCACAUUUUCUUCCAAUGUAACAAAGCAAAGUUGAUAUGGAAUAUGGCUCCUUUACAGUGGGAUGGGCUUCAUGAGUACACAAGUGAUUUCAGGAAGUGGUGGAGUAGGUUAAUGGAAGUAAAGGUGCGAAAGGAUGGAAUGCAACACAUUUGUUUAACAGUGGACAUUCUUUGGCACAUUUGGAAAUCUAGGAAUGAAGCAGAAUUCGAAAGCAAAGAUAGGCAUCCAAUGGAAGUUGUUCGAAAUGCAGUGAACGAUUGGGAGGAGUAUCAUCAAUGCCUACAGGUACAGCAACGUAUGAGCAUCUCCGAAACAGAAAUAGCAAAUGACCCGGGGGAACUAGACCGAAACAUCCUGAGCAUUCAUGUAAAUGUAGGGCAACACAUGGAAGGACAUAAUAUGGGAAUUGGCAUCACAGCAACAAAUGGAAAUAACCAGAUUGGUGCUGCGUGGAUACUCAGGGAAAGAAGUACUGGAUCAGUUGUUUUGGACAAUUUGGUGGCUAUACAAUUGGCACUUUGUAAGCUAAAGGAACACGGCUGGCAACACAUACAGGUUCAGACAUCAUGUAACCAGACUUUAAAGGUGAUAAACUGUCAAGCCCCAACCAACAUCUGUAUAGCAGGCCAUCUUGAAUGCAUCAAUGAUCUAAGUUUAAUGUUUAGGACAUGCUCAUUUGUUAGCCAGCCUAGUAAUGGUAGUACUAAUACACUCAGUUAUAAACUGAGUAAGCAAGCAAUGCACAUCUAUUUUGAUGAGGAGUUCUUUGAUCCUCAGUGUCUUAGUACACUUUUGUAA